AUGAAAGCAGCUCCCAGACUCCCCCUAACGGAUGAGUGCCAUCACUACGAGUCCAAGGCCGAGGUGCCAUGGGACCUCCAAAAAUACUUCUCCCAACGCCGCUCCAUCUUCUCCUGGUACGACCACGGCGUCCACCUGACCGACGCGGCCUGGUACGGCGUGACCCCGGAGCCCGUCGCGAACCAGGUGGCCACCGACAUGUCCUACACGGACCCGGCGAAGCGCUUCCUGAUCGACAUCUUCGGCGGCGCCGGCGGCAACACCAUCGCCUUCGCCGCCUCGGGCCGCUGGGACCGCGUCGUCUCCGUCGAGCGCGACGCCGCCACCCUCGCCUGCGCCCAGCACAACGCCGAGCUCUACGAGGUCGGAGAGUACGUCACCUGGGUCCACGGCGACUGCUUCGAGUACCUCGACAAGGUCAAGAACGCGCCCCACGAGCUGGCCGAGGAGCUGCGCGUCCCGCUCGACGAGACCGUCAUCUUCGCGUCGCCGCCGUGGGGCGGGCCGGGGUAUCGCGACGCGCAGGUUUUCGACCUGAGCAAGAUGGAGCCGUAUAACCUGCGGCAGCUGCACGAGGCGUGCCUGCCGAUGGACCACGCGCUCUUCCUGCCGCGGACGAGCGACCUCAGACAGAUUGCCAAGUUGGCUCCCGAAGGGGAGAGGAUCGAGGUGGUACAAUAUUGCAUGGAGGGCGCGAGCAAGGCGAUGGUGGCGUUCAUGCCGGGCACACUGGGUCCGACAGAAUCAACGUGA